AUGUCACGGUACCCGCUUGUCGCAGCCGGCUCACUGCACGCAAACGCAACCAGAACUGCGACUCGAUUGAGGACCCGGAAGAUGACGACUCGAGCCGCCUCCCACGCAGGCUCAUGGUACCCCGCAUCCAGUCAGUCCGAGCGCGCUCUACGUAUGAUGGCCUGGACACAGCUGAAGACGGCUCUGGACCCGUUUGAUGCAGAGGAGCGCUUGGCGGGCGAGCUGGAGCGCUGGCUGGGCGAGGCCCAUACGCCGGCCGGCGAGGGUGCGGAUGCUGACGAGCCGUGGAUGUCGGUGUGCAUGCCCGCGCCCCUGGAAGACUGCCGCGCCAUCAUCGCCCCACACGCUGGGUACGCCUACUCCGGGAGGGCGGCUGCCUGGGCUUACAAGCUCAUCGACCCCGCUCAGAUAAAACGGGUCUUUAUCCUCGGUCCGGCCCACCACGUCUACCUCAACUGUUGUGCGCUGACGAAAUGCACCGACUACGAAACGCCGUUGGGCAAUCUGCCGGUCGACACCGCGAUCAACGAAGAGCUGAAAGCGUUGAAGGGCGGGACAGCCCUGUUCAGCGAGAUGGACCUUACGACCGAUGAGGAGGAGCACAGCAUCGAGCUCCAUCUGCCCUACAUCCGCCACGUCUUCAAAGACCAAGACAUCAAGAUCGUUCCGAUCCUGGUCGGCUCGCUCCGGGCCGCGGAGGAGCGCGAGUACGGCGCGCUGCUGGCGGCCUACCUGGCCGACCGGCAGAGCCUCUUCGUGGUGUCGAGCGACUUCUGCCACUGGGGCCAGCGCUUCUCGUACACGUACUACCGGGACCCGAGCACGGGCGCGCCGGCCGAGACGCUUGGGGCGCGCUCGGCCGCGCCAGGCCUCCUCCCGAUCCACGCGUCGAUCGCGCGGCUCGACCGGGCGGCGAUGGAGGCCAUCGAGCUGCCCGACCCCGCCGCCGCCCACGCGCACUUCGCCGGCCAUCUCAAAGAGACCCGCAACACGAUCUGCGGCCGCCACCCCAUCGGCCUCCUGCUCGCCGCCAUGGCCGCCCUCCAUGCCUCCUCCCCCGCCAUCGCCCAGGAGCUGCAGUUCGUCCGCUACGAGCAGUCUGGCAAGUGCCUCACUGCCAAAGACAGCAGCGUCAGCUACGCCAGCGCUUUCUUGAGACAUCCCGCCUGA